AUGGCAGCAACAGUCGUGGGCUGCGAGCUGGCCCUUCUCGUGAGCCUCGCCCUCGCUGCCGCCUACGUGUGGUUCCUCUUCUACGUCCAAUCCACGCAGCGCAAGGCGUGCCGCGUCCUCCCGAUGACAGCAGUCCAUCCAAGCACGGGCCUGCGCCGCCGUCGCCGGCGUUGCGCUGUCGAGCUCAUUGCACAAUGCCACGGCGUCACAGCGGCCGGCCACGUUGACGACGACGACGACGACCUGCCCGACCGUGAGUGCUGGCUGUCGCGGGCGCUUGCGUUGUCUGGCAUCGCACUCGUCCUGCUCUUCAUUGUAAAGGUCGCGGUGGAAUUUCGCCUCAUUGACGCCCUAUCGGCCGAGCAACGACUUCGUCACGUCAACAACGGCGCCAUCGUCGACUAG